AUGGCUGAGUGUGAGCAUCCGCUGUUUGCCGACUCCUGGCAGUGGGGGCAAACUGAAGAAGAAAAGAAGCCCAGAGAUGGUGCCACACCUUCAAGCCAAGAACCUUGUGUGACUACACAGGAAACCUGGUCCUGGGACCAAUACUUAAAAGAAUGGAAUGCUGUGGCCGCACCAGUUGAGCUGUUUUCCAAGGAUCAAUCCUUUCCGGAGCAUGAAAAUGGCUUUCAGGUGGGAAUGAGACUGGAAGGCAUUGAUCCCAGACGUCCGUCUGUGUUCUGUGUGCUUUCUGUAGCUGAGGUGUGUGGUUACCGGCUGAGACUCCAUUUUGAUGGUUAUUUAAGCUGCUAUGAUUUUUGGACCAAUGCUGGUUCCCCUGACAUUCACCCAGUGGGUUGGUGUGAAAAGACCAAGCAUGAACUGCAUAUCCCUAAGGGUUAUAGAAAAGAUAGAUUUGUUUGGAUGGAUUACUUAAAGGCCUGUAAGUUGCAAAAUGCUCCUAAGAAACUAUUCAGAAACAGAAGUUCUAAUGGACCAGCGCAGAAGGAGUUUCAGGUUGGGAUGAAGCUGGAGGCUGUGGACAAGAGGAACCCUUGCUCGGUGUGUGUGGCGACAGUUGCUGAUGUCGUGGAAGACCGUGUGCGAGUGCAUUUUGACAGCCGGGAGGACAGCUUCGAUUACUGGUGUGAUGUUAGCAGUCCUUAUGUCCGGCCAGCUGGUUGGUGUCAGGAGAACGGACGGACUCUGGUGGCACCCCCAGGUUAUCCUGAACGAGAUAACUUUUCCUGGACAGACUACCUGCGAGCUACUCAAGCAAAGGCAGUCCCUGCCAAAGCCUUCAACACGAGGCCUCCACACGGCUUUUUGCCAAACAUGAAGCUGGAAGCUGUGGACAAGCGGAAUCCACGGUUAAUUCGUGUCGCCACCAUUGUGGAUGCUGAUGACCACAGGGUAAAGAUCCACUUUGAUGGCUGGGACCAUAAGUACGACUACUGGACAGAUGCCGAGAGCCCUGACAUUCACCCCAUCAGGUGGUGUCACAGGACAGGGCACCCCCUGGAAGUCCCGUAUGGGUCAAAUGAUGUGAAAAUCCUUCCAGGUCAAGCUGUGUGUCCUACUCCUGGGUGCCGAGGAAUAGGCCAUAUCCGUGGCCCACGUUAUGCGGGACACCACAGUGCUUUCGGAUGCCCAUAUUCAGACAUGAACUUGAAACGGGAGGCCCUGCUUCAGGAUCGCCCGAGAGAACAAACACAGACAAAUCUGGAAUCAGAGCCUUCCCAUGCCACGUCAGAAAACCUCUGUAAUUUGAAUUUCAACGGAAAAUGUGAAAAAGCGAACAGUCAGUCCAGACUUGUACAGCAGGCAAAGUGUUUGAAAAUCAAAGGAAAAGAAGAUAUUGACUUGGAUAAUCUCUUCAGAGAAUACUCAGCUGCACAGGUGCAGCGGGUGCUACAGCAGUCGGUCUCCAUGACAUCCAUGUCUGCCCGCCCUUUCCGAGACCUCCCCCUAGGCAGGGAGCAGCACUGCAAGCUGCUUCCAGGUGUGGCCGAUAUCCAAGCCAGCCGAGUGGCCAGAUGGACAGUGGAUGAGGUGGCUGAGUUUGUACAGUCCCUUCUGGGCUGUGAAGAACAUGCCAAGUGCUUCAAGAAGGAGCAGAUAGAUGGCAGAGCCUUCCUGCUUCUGACCCAAGCAGAUAUUGUCAAAGUGAUGAAGAUCAAGCUGGGUCCCGCACUGAAGAUUUACAAUUCUAUCCUGAUGUUCAGGAACUCCCAGGAUGUCACUGAAGAUGCUGCUGUCUCCGGCCAAGAAGCCAGGAGAUAA